AUGCCCAAAGCGAAAUCGAAGAGAUAUGUACCUAGCGAGUCCUCUCCUGAGCGACCCGAGCAUGAUAUACAUGAACUUUUGAUUAUCGAGGUAGAGAAAAAUCCGAUUUUGUUUGACAAGAGACAGGCAGAUUACAAAAGAUCAGAUUUCAAGGAGGAUGUCUGGAAGACAAUUGGAAAACGAGUUGGAAUUGAUGUUACUGAAGCAAAAACAAAGUGGAAGAAUAUCCGGGAUGCCUUCGUGAAAUAUCGACAGAAAUCUAAGACCAAAAGUGGACAAAGGGCCAAAGAAGUGAAGCCGUAUAAAUAUGCCCAUCUACUCGAAUUUAUAAUUCCAACUCUAGGAGAACGCCAAACAAGCGGUAACCUGAGCGAUAGCGAGGCGGAGAGAGAAAGCACUGCUGAUGUUGAAGCACAAGAGGGAAAUACUCAGCAACCUUUGUCUGAAGAUGACAGUGAUGACGUCAGUAUAAUUCAACCUGUGAAACCAGCGCCUUCUUCCAAAGUUGCAGACAUACCAUCUACUAGUACUAGCUUGAUCCCGGCCUCAACUCCAAGACCUCCACCUAAAAAGAGGCGAUGCUUUAAGGCGCAAGCUGCAGAUGAAGUGGAGGUUGCCAUUGUUGACUACCUCAAAGCAAAGAAAGAACCAACCCCUAAAAGAGCAGAAGAAACCGACGACUAUGUAACCCUAUUUCUCAAUUCCAUGGCAAACAGCAUCAGAAAGCUCCCCGCAAAAGCACAGGCAGAAGUUCGAUUUUCCAUCCACAAAGUUGUCCAUGAUGCUGAAAUGGAGCAUCUUUAUUCUCGACCAGCAGAACAACUCAGACCAACACAGGAGUACUGCUACACACAACCAAGUACUAGCGUCUAUAGUCAACCUUAUGGGAUGGCAGCGGAAAGGCUUCCAUACAACCCUAUGCCUCGGAGUGAAACACCAGCCUCCCUCUCAAGUAACACAUUUGAGUCUGAUGCAUCAUACUCAGGCACUUUCACACAACUAAUGUAGAGGAACGACUGUUUGCGUGAAGUACUGUUGACUGUUCAUUUAAAAGCACCCAGAAAGCCUAUGUUCGCGAUUUAAUUUUUGUUGUUUCGAAUUUACUUUUAUCAAUAUUUCUUGUCUCGAUCAGUGUACGACCAGGAGGGUCGGUGACAAUAAUCCGUGCAACGAAGAUGCCCUUGUACCCUUGAUAUAGGUUGUUUAUAGGUUUUAUGGAAAGUGUUAUUUUGGCCGUAUGUUGCACUGUAAUUUCAUACAUCACAGAGAAGUGUGAUGUGAUGUGAUGCGUUCACUCAUCAUCUUUCAGUUGCAACGACGAUUGCAAAAACAUUACACUUUGUAUGUUUGGUUAAAUAAACAUUGUUACAAGGAACUGAAUGAUCAAGUUUUUAUCACUUACCUCAAGCAAAUGGCCAGCCGUUCCCUAGUGGUGAUUGCCUCGCGAUAAUUAGUAUCGGAUCUCCUUAUGUCAGCCUCUAUGAGAGCAUGGACAUGUUCAAAGUGCCAUGGACUCAUUUUGAAGUACUCAAAGAAUUUGUCUUCAUAGGAGAACAGACUUUUCACCAAGUGAUGAUAUUCGCCAAGCUUCUUCCUUUUUUGGAAUAUAUCAUGCACCCAAAUUGUACGUUGCCCUUUGCGUUUUCUAUGCUUUAGAUAGGCAUAAAAUGCCAAAAUAUCACAGACGUCCUCUUCUGGCUCCAUCAUCUUGGCAAAUGGACGAAUUUCCCGCGUAGAAAAGCGCGCCUCGCGCAUCGUUUCGCGCGCUGGUGUAACCCC